AUGGGUGGCUGGCUGGAGGGCACGGUGGAGGAGGCCUUGGACUACGGGCUGCGGGUGCGGACCUCUUCGGGUGAAGGUCUGAUCUACGCCACGGAGCUGGAGGAGUACCUGGAGGAUGCCCGCUCCAGCUACGUGCCGGGGGACGUCGUGCGGGUGCGGUCCAUGGGCGAGAUGGAGGAAGGCCUGCUGGCGCUGACCAUGAAGCCGGCGGCGCCGGAAGUGUCCGAGCCAUGGGACGAGACGGAGGAGGAGGCGAGCGAGCAGGACCUGCAGAUCCGGGCCCUGCGUCAGCGACUCCGGGACUUCCUGGGGGUCUCGCCCAAUCGCCCGCUGCCAGCGGAGGUGCACGGGGAGACGCCCUUCGGCACUUUGCUCAGUGUGGGCCACCCCGACGGCGGCGAGCCUGGCCAGGGCCUGCUGCUGGGCCCCGCGGAGGAUCUCAGGAGCGGGCAGCAGCUCCAGGUGCGUCUUGUCUCGGUAGAUACUCACAGGGGCGUGCUCACGGUGACGAGGAGCGGUUAG